CAUGGAACUAUUAAGGUUAAAUUUGUGUUUACUAACAAAUCUCUAGUUAUUUUCAACAAAAUAUUAUAUAAAUAUCAGCAAUCGUGGAUACGAAUUUCUCGAAACCCGAUUUAGUUAUGAGUUUACCGACAGACUUCGGUCCGGAUUCCGGUGGUAGAGUAAAGGGUCUAGUCAUAGUAAAACCAAUAGUGUAUGGUAAUAUAGCUAGAUAUUUCGGAAAGAAACGAGAAGAGGAUGGUCACACACAUCAAUGGACUGUAUACGUUAAACCCUACGCGAAUGAAGACAUGUCGACGUAUAUUAAAAAAGUACAUUUCAAACUGCACGAGAGCUACGCAAAUCCCAACAGAAUAGUGACGAAACCGCCAUACGAAUUAACAGAAACUGGAUGGGGUGAAUUCGAAAUAGUUAUCAAGAUAUAUUUUCAUGAUCCUAAUGAACGACCUGUGACGCUGUACCAUAUUCUCAAGCUAUUCCAAUCACCUGUUAGUGAAGGCACACCACCAGUAGGCCGAGCGCUUGUUAGUGAAUCAUAUGAAGAGAUUGUAUUCCAAGAACCUACACAGCUCAUGCAACACUUGCUGAACAACGUAAAGCCCAUUACUAAUAGUCAAUGGACGCAUGAUACUAAUUUUGAGGAAAAGAAAGAAAAGACAUUAGAAAGAGUGAUAUCAGCACAAACGAAGGUUCGAGGUGAAAUAUCAGACCUCAAAGAAAAACUUCAACUCGCAAAAGAAACUAUAUCAAAAUUCAAAGAUGAAAUAGCAAAACUACAAAACAACCCAGCUUCUAGUAUUCUCUCUGGCAUUUAGGAAUUCGUAACAUUUAAUGUUCGUAAAUAAAUUAAAUAAAU